GUGGAGUCAUUAUAUAAAGAAUAUGAGGACGACAACAAAUUGACCAUUGUUCAUUAAGGAUAUUAUGAACAGACGAACGGGUAUGUGAAGCUGGCCGGAAGUAAUAUGAAAUCAAUACUAAAAUUUGUUUUCUGUUAUUUGAACAGGCAUGCUGGCCUCGUCUGCCUUUGUGGCAGGGCUAUCCAAAAUAACUUAGAAAAGAAACUUGACGAAAGUAGACGUCUUGACUUCACACUCUGGUCAAACUUUCUUGCCACUUCACGAGUGACAGAUAUUAUGAUUAGGUAUAUCACAUUUAACAAGAUGGUUAGCGAUCUCUCUAAGCCUAAGGCUAAGGAAGCUUUGGACCUUCUCCGAUCUGUAUUUUUAGGAUUUUUCGAUUUUGUACAAAUUGAAGCCACUGAAGAAAGAAGAUUAGCAGAUUUCUUAACUACCAUGGGGGUGUUCGUGAGGGAUAACGAGAACAAGUUUAGUUACAAAAUGUCGUCUAUGUUAAUUGAUAGAUUGAUUCGGCGAGAUGUUAUUUCUGAAUUGUACAAUUCUCGCCCAACUGCUCCAGUUCCCCAAACUCAUGAAGGCUCUCUGAAAAUUAUUGAUACCUUAAUAGAAGCCGUCCGCUGUUUUGACAAAACGAUCAUUCAUAAUGCUUUCAAACGAUCAUGCUUGUAGAAGUGGAUGGUUAUCUUCAUACAAAAGUUCCUCGAGAGAGUGUUUACGAUACAGAACUAUAUAGAAUCCUGGUGAAUUGGAUCGUCAAUGAAUGUAACUUCGUAGUCACUGGACAGCACCAUUUAAUAGAUCACGUUGAUAAUGACGAAAAAGGAAAACAUUA